AUGAAGGAUACGAAAAGGAUUGAGACAGUAAAUGUGACCUUAGAAAGGUUCUUUGAUAAAAAAGCUUUUGCUGAAUAUGAACAACAAAACUAUCUGACAACUUCUCUAGAUUACACUACAUCUCUGCGCUGGACAACUGGCUUUAUCUUAGUAUUGACCGCCGCAUAUUUCAUUUUUCGGACUGUUCUUAGAAAGUAUUUCGAUGAACAGAUGAAAUCUCUUCAUAUUCUUUUCUUCAAUGAUGAUAUCACUGCGAAUGGAUCAGCACGAGCAAAUGUGGAACAUCAGUUGCAUAAUUAUAUCCAUAAAUACUAUCGUCCAGGGGUCAUUACUGAAUACAUGCAACAGAUGAAACCGUUGGACGGUCCUAAUAAGAAAUCAGUUGAUUUAGUACAUCUCUGA